AUGGCCGAGCAGGCACGGUUCUUCAACAUGGACCCAGCGACGGCGGCCGACGCACGGCGCAAGGGCUGCGACCCGCACACGCUGGACCAAGCCGCGGAGAGCAUGCUGUGCUACAUCUACGCCAACCUCCCCAGCCUCCCCGUCUACGAGGGCACUUGGCUCGCCGCUCUCGCCUCCUCCGCCUCCCCCGACGGCGUCGACCGCAUCAGCCGCCUCCCGCCCGAGCUCCUCAGCAACAUCGUCUCCCGCCUCCCGUCCGUCAAGGACGCCGCGCGCACCGCCGUCCUCUCCUCCCACUGGCGCCGGGUCUGGCUCUCCACGCCCCUCGUGCUGGCCGACGCCCAGCUCCACCCCGAAGCCUGCGGCUGGCCGCCCACGCCCGCCACCUCGCCGGCCGUCACCGCCGCCGUCUCCCGCAUCCUCGACGCGCACCCGGGGCCCUUCCGCUGCGUCCACCUCGUCUGCAGCCACAUGAGCGCGCACCGUGCCCGGCUCGCGCGCUGGCUCCAGCUCCUCGCCGCCAAGGGCGUCCAGGACCUCGCCCUCGUCAACCGCCCCUGGCCGCGCGACGUGCCCCUCCCGGCCACGCUCUUCGCCGUCACCACCCUCACCCGCCUCUACGUCGGCAUGUGGACGUUGCCCGGCACGGCCGCCCUGCGUGGCGCCUCCUUUCCCCAUCUCCACGAGCUCGGCCUGGGCUGCGUCGAAAUGGAGCAGGGCGUGGUCGACUCCCUCGUCGCCAGGAGCCCCGUCCUCGAGGUCCUCAACAUCCUGGGAUGCAAGGCGGUGCGUCUCCGCCUCGUCAGCCAGAGCCUGCGGUGCGUGCAGAUCAGCUGGUCGAGAAUGGAGGACGUCGCCGUGGUAAAGGCUCCCCUCCUCGAGCGGCUCAUCCUGUUUAGACCUUGCAAAAUCGCUGGUGGCAUGUCCACGAGACUCAGGAUUGGCGAUGCCCCCAAGCUGCACGCAUUUGGGUACUUGGAGCCAGGACAGGUCCUCAAGGUCCGAGACACCAUCAUCAUGCCAGGAAUAGCAAGCGCAAGUACCGUCGUGACAAGCGUGAAGAUUCUGAGCUUGAAUGUGUGUUUCGGAGUUCGCAGUGAUGUCCAGAUGGUGCCCACCUUCCUCAGAUGCUUUCCCAACGCCAAGAGACUGCAUAUCAUGAGUAAAAGAUGCACUGAACCCACUGGCAACUACCUCACACUCCAGUUCUGGGAAGAGUCUGACCCCGAAGAAAACCUCGUCUCGCGCAUCACCGUGAUGAGUUUCCGUGAGUUCACGGGGGACCCCGGCGAGGUCGGCUUCCUCGAGUUCUUCUUCCGGAGCGCGCGGGCGCUGGAGACCGCGUCCGUUUCCAUGGCCAACCCAAGAUUCACGCCGUUCUCGACGCAGGAGGCGUAUGCCAAAGUGAAACGCAGCUCGAGGAUCAUGGCAAGUGAGUCCAACAUGGUUGUCCUUGGGAGCACCGGCCCUGCAGGUGGUAACAUGUGGAGCUUGAAAGACGGGGCCGAUUUUUCGUUCCAUGACCCCUUCUCCGAAGUGGAGGUGGUCGGCUGA